AAAGGUGAGUGAGGGGAGCCGGGUUUGGCUCUGCCAUAUCUGUCAGGCGUCCCCACUAUUAUUUCUCCCCCCUACCCCUUUCACGUGUCUUUCAAGGUCCCUUUACCUUUGGAGUGGAAAGGAGGAUUAGGGUUGAACCAUUUCCAAAAAAGGGGAGGUCGAGACCGGACUCCUGAAUACUUGACUAGCUGCGAUGUCCUGCCCAGAAAUCUAAUUUAAGCAAGAAAUAGAGAUCACCAUGGGUUUGUCUGCAUCCUCUCCCUCAAUUGCGCUCGAGGCAAAUAUAUCAGAGCAGCCCAAGACUCCGCCUUCAGAAUGUCCAAUGCACCAAAAUAAAAUGGAAGGCUGUCCAAUACACAUAAAACCUAAUUCGAAUCAGAAUGCUUCUGUUCCUGCCCAUCAAGAAAGAGCAUAUGAAUAUGUGGAAUGUCCUGUUAAUGCUCAAAUACCAGAGAAGAUUGAUCCUAGCAAUAUGAUGCCACCUCCUAAUCAGCUUCCAUCCUCUGAUCAGCCAUUUCCAUUAUCUACAGUGAGAGAAGAGUCUUCCAUUCCUAGAGCUGCUUCUGAACAAAAAUGGGUGUAUCCUUCAGAGCAGAUGUUUUGGAACGCAAUGCUAAGAAAAGGAUGGAGAUGGAAAAAUGAUGACAUAAACCCUGAAGAUAUGACCAAUAUAAUCAAGAUUCAUAAUCAGAAUAAUGAGCAGGCUUGGAAGGAAAUUUUAAAAUGGGAAGCACUUCAUGCUCGGCAAUGCCCAUGUGGACCUUCACUUGUUCGCUUUGGAGGUAAAGCUAAGGAGUAUUCACCAAGAGCCAGAAUACGAUCCUGGAUGGGGUACGAGCUGCCUUUCGAUAGACAUGAUUGGAUUGUUAACCGCUGUGGAACUGAAGUCCGAUAUGUCAUUGAUUAUUAUGAUGGAGGAGAAGUAGACAAGAAUUAUCAGUUCACCAUUUUGGAUGUGCGCCCUGCUUUUGAUUCCCUGACUGCUGUGUGGGACAGAAUGAAGGUGGCAUGGUGGCGCUGGACCUCAUGACUAAUUUGGUCUAGUGUGAACAACGUUUAGAACUGUUUUAUUUCAGAGUGGUGUUGCACUGACCUUAGACUUUAAUAAAGUUUAUGGUGACAACCCUUUUCUUAAUAUUGUGCUUACCAUUGCAGGGCAAACUAUAUUUCUUUAAGCAGGGAUUUGGUGAAACAAAAUACAGUACAUUUGCGCUCUGCUUUUGGUGAUAUUAUACUGAAACUAGAAAACGUCAUGGAAAACAGAUGGUUCAGUAAGGGAUGCACAGAAAGCACUCAAGCUAAUGACUCAAGCAUCACUGCUUGGACAUGGAGAUCUUGGAGAUCUCUUAUUAAAUAAGGGGAAUCUUAUGUAUGUCUUUUCUGUAAGAGUUUCAUAUUGAAUUACAGUAAUUUUAUCUGAGGAAGAAGAAUGUAGUAUUAUUUAAAAUAAUACUUUCUAGCAAAAAAGGAGGCAAAGGCGACAACAUAUAGUUUAAAUCAACAAGGUUAAAUGUGUUUUUGACUGAUUUGUACACUGAAGCCUAAGUCUAAUAUGGUGCUAGUAUUGCAGUUCCUGCCUGAGGGAACUUCCUUCCUAUUCUGCAGCCCUAGGAACACUUUGUCCCGGUGUUUUCCUUGUUCUCUGAAGCAUGUGUUCUUGUGGUUCAGACAGUGGUGUCAAAGUUGUGGCCGUCUAUGUGUUUUGGAAUUCAGCUCCCAGAAUUCAUCGCCAUUGGACAAGUUGGCUAGGACUGAAGGGCCACAAGUUUGACGGUUCUGAAGUGUUACCGUAGAAGAUGUGUUGAUCCCCUCCUUCUUUCAUUUUAUUCUCCUUUUCUGUCAUUAGCAGCAAAGCAUUCGAUCCCGCCUUAAAUUUUCUCCCAGAUUACUUGUAACAACAGUUUACACAGAAAUGCAUGCAUUGCUCAGUGGAUUGACAUUGAAGCAAUCAGACUUCAUUUGACUUGAGUUCUGUUUGCAUAUACGUAGUUUAAAUUAAGGUAGAAGUAAAUUAUUAGUGGCUCUUCUCUAUCAACCUUGUUGACUUUCAAAACAUUUACUUCUCAGUGUAUGCAACUGAAAGCAAAUUGCCAUAUUUUUAUAUUGAAGUGCCAUCAUAUGUAAGACGCACUGAUUCCAAUAUUAUCAACAGAAAAAAACUUUAUUUAUAUAAAAAAGCACUCAUGAUUCUAAGGCACACCCCAUUUUUAGAGAUGUUUAUAUGGGGGAAAAUGUGUGUUGGAGAAAUAUAAUAAAUAAUGGCCCUAUUAGUACACUAAUCUGUGUCUUAGGAAUUUCACUUCACAGAGUGCAUUAUUUAGGACUUCUGGCAUGCUGACAUACACUAACUCUGCAGAAUAUCCAUUUAUGCUAUCAACCCAUGAAUUAAAUGUUCCCCAAUAAAAUGAGUAUUUUCUAUGCAGGCUUUUGGAAAAGAGAGCUUUCAAAUGUUGAACUAUGGAUUUUUGCUGAACUGUUGUAAUUGCCCUUUUAAGAUAAUCAAUAUCUUGCAUACCAGUAUAGGAAGCUGCUUAUUCAAUAGGAAGAAUUUUUAAAAUCCAAUGAAUGUUCUUCAAAGAUUUAGUUCAGUUUUGAAGGGCUUUUUGUUUACAAGAAUCCCACUAACCAGUGAUACUAAGCUGUACUACUCCAAAUACAGACAUCCCCCAAGUUAUUAACAAGAAAGAUUCUGUAGGUUUGUUCUUAAGUUUAAUUUGUAUGUAACUUGGAAUGUUUUUAAGUGUAACACCAGCCAUAUGUGUGUGUGUGUGUGUGUGUGUGUGUGGAUGUAAGCUUUAGGCAGCAUAGGGAAGGGUUGACAUCCCUUUGGGGUUUGUUUUGCUAUCUGUGGCUCUGUUCAGAAAAAAAAUCACUUUCUCUCCCUGUAAUCAUUAGAUUUUUAAAAAAAUGUCUUGUUGAAACAAGAAUUGGUGAUAAAGUUUCAGUGGAGACAUCUUUUCCCCAUGAUAACUCUUUCAGGAGUGAAGUUCCUUUCUGAGGGGUAGUUGUAAGUCGGAUGUUUGCAACUCGGGGACUCCCUGUACAAAUAUUCUUUACUGCUUAUUCAACUGACAAAUACUUUUAUGAUAAACUGUGUCUGCCUAUUAUAUUAUCUGCCUGUUCAUAUUACUAUGGAUGUGACAUUACAUUGUGCAUCUAUGCAAGUGGAUUGAAAGCUGGUGUACACUUAAUGCUGCUGUUUGAAAGCACAAUACAAUCAAAUUAAGAGGACGCAUACUGUCCUUUGUACAUUGAUGUUGUGGGAGUGCAAGUUGUUUCCGAUUUACAGUGAUUCUAACGCAAACCUAUCAUAGAAUUUUCUUGGCAAGAUUUAGCCAGAGCGGGUUUGCCUUACCCUUCCUCUGAGGCAGACUUCUAGAGUCAUAGUUCAAUGCUGAAACUACUAUGUCACCUUAGCAGUCUUCCAUCAUCCCUGAACUUUAAAGGGACAGUGUGCAUAGGUUUGGCUGUAUGACCUCUUUUUUCUGCAUCUGCAGUGAGUAUAUUUCUCAAAAAGGCUUUGGGAAACGAUUACUACUAACUGAAGAGGGUGUAAUGACAGUUGAAAAUGAUAUUUGUGGGGAAAACAAGCAACAGAUUGUGCUCUUACUACUGGAGCAUACCAUUUAUAAGUGAAGAAAUUGAUUAGGAUAUCAAAUAAUGUUAUUAUUUGGUAGUUAUGCCUAUUCAAUUUUAAUCAGAAUUGAUUUUCAAACUUCAAUUGCUUUUUAAAAAACAGAAUAGGCAUAAAAUCAGCAAGUGUUCAGAAAUAUAAAAAUAAUUUUACCUUUUAAUGUAUGGCAAAUGUUGAAUUUGAUUCAUGUCAAAAGGUACACUUGCUGUGUGAGUUUUUCCUGUUCUAUGUCAAUAGAGACAGAUACAAUAUAAUUAUAUGUUGACAGUGCUUAAGUCUGACUUCAAUAAAUUCCUUUUUACUUA